AUGGCAAUGAACAUUCAACAUGACACGCCAUCUGAGGAUGGUCAAAACAACUACCUUGGUAAUCGUUGGCUGGCGCGAAACAGAUGCGCUCCUAUUACCAACGACCAAAACUGUCGACUAUGGAUUGAGCGUCUACCACCCGACUGUACAUACCAAAACCUGCUGUCCUCAAUCCGGGACGUAGGCCCUAUAUACGCCACGCACAUUGUACCCCCUAUGGCCGAGAUUACAGACGUCGGAGUACAUCCUAUUCCAACGUCGGCAGCCUCCGUAACUUUCUUCAGUCACCAUGACGCCAACCUCUUCCUGGCCAAACAUGCGGCCAGUCAAUUCACUGUCAAUGGAUAUAGAGCUACAAUCCUUAGGCACCGUGUCCGAACAGUCUCGGUAGAUGUCAACGGCCAAUCUCGCGUACUAAUCAUAAGAGGCCAUCCAUACUGCGUUGAUCCCCAAUGGCUUACUUGGCUCUUCACGGAAAAGUUCAAGGUACACUACGACACAGACUAUCUAGUCUAUACCCCAGGAAGAGUCACCAGUGAAGUCAUUUGGGCCUUUGGAAGUUUCCGAGCACAGGCUCAUACAAUCUAUAACCGUCUAACCCAACAGCUUUCCAACUCCAUGACAGUUACGUAUGGAACAGACCCUUGCGGUGGUGGCAAUGGAACCUAG